AUGAACAACUCAAAGACUAACCAACAGAUGAACACCUCAAUGGGGUACCCCUUAACCGUCUACGAUGAAUGUAACAAAUUCCAACUAAUUGUGCCAACUUUAGAUGCAAAUAUCAUGCUUUGGUGUAUUGGACAACUUUCACUGCUGAAUGAUUCUAACGGUUGUAAGCAUUUGUUUUGGCAACCGAAUGACAAGUCAAAUGUCCGAAUCUUACUAAAUAAUUAUGACUAUGGUCACUUGUUCAAAUACUUGCAAUGUCAAAGAAAAUGCUCAGUUUAUAUCGGAGAAGGAACGCUUAAGAAAUAUAAUUUGACUAUUUCUACAUCCUUUGACAACUUUUUGGACCUGACGCCCUCCGAGGAGAAGGAAAGCUUAUGUAGAGAAGACGCACACGAAGAUCCCGUAUCUCCAAAGGCUGGUUCCGAAGAAGAGAUAAGCCCUAAUUCCACCUCUAAUGUGGUUGUGUCAAGAGAAUGCUUGGAUAACUUCAUGAAACAACUCCUUAAGUUGGAAGAAUCGUUAAAUAAGUUGGAAUUGGAGCAAAAGGUCACAAAUAAAGAACCUAACCACAGAAUAAGCGGUACGAUUGACAUACCAGAAGAUAGGUCCGAACUAGUGAACUUUUUCACAGAGUUGAAAACAGUCAAACAACUUGAGGACGUUUUUCAACGUUACCAUGACUAUGAGAGGUUAUCACAAGAAUGUGACAGUAAGACGGAAAUCGCCUCUGACCAUUCGAAAAAGGAAACUAAAAUAGAAGUGGAACCCCCAAAUGAGCGCUCAUUGCAAAUCACAAUGAACCAAAGGGACAAUUCAUUGUAUUUCCAGUUGUUUAACAACACAAACUCUGUUUUGGCAGGCAACUGCAAACUGAAGUUUACUGACGCUGGCGAUAAGCCAACCACGCAAAUUAUUGACAUGGGUCCUCAUGAAAUAGGAAUAAAGGAGUACAAGGAAUACCGAUACUUUCCAUACGCACUUGAUUUAGAGGCCGGCUCCACUAUCGAGAUUGAAAAUCAGUAUGGAGAAGUGAUCUUCUUGGGCAAGUAUGGCUCUUCUCCAAUGAUUAACUUAAGGCCACCUUCAAGAUUAUCUGCAGAAAGUUUACAGGCAUCCCAAGAGCCAUUUUACUCCUUUCAAAUCGAUACGUUACCAGAACUGGAUGACUCUAGUAUCAUCAGUACAUCCAUUUCACUCUCUUAUGACGGUGACGACAAUGAAAAAGCCCUGACUUGGGAAGAACUCUAG